AUGAGAGUUAAUAUUCGAUCCAUUUCCUUACCCUCUCUUGUCCUUCUCUCAUCCCUUUUUUUUCACUUUCUCUAUUUCUCUCUCUUUCACUAUCUAUCUAUCUAUCUAUCUAUCUAUCUAUCACCAGCUGUAUUUGCCUCUAGUAAGUUUUUAACUCCUCUAUUAUUUCAGAAUCCUUUCUUUCUUUCUUUAUUUUGUUUCAGAAUAGCUUCUUUCUUUCUUUCUUUAUUUUGUUUCAGAAUAGAUUCUUUCUUUCUUUCUUUCUUUAUUUUGUUUCAGAAUAGCUUCUUUCUUUCUUUCUUUAUUUUGUUUCAGAAUAGCUUCUUUUCUUUCUUUAUUUUUAAUAGCUUCUUUUUCUUUCUUUCUUUCUUUAUUUUGUUUCAGAAUAAGCUUCUUUUUCUUUCUUUGUUUUAUUUUAAUAGCUUCUUUCUUUCUUUCUUUCUUUAUUUUGUUUCAGAAUUUUUCUUUCUUUCUUUCUUUCUUUAUUUUCUUUAUUUUCUUUCUUUCUUUUUUUUGUUUCAGAAUAGCUUCUUUCUUUCUUUCUUUAUUUUUUUGCUUCUUUCUUUCUUUUUUUUUAUUCUUUCUUUCUUUCUUUUAUUUUUGUUUCAGAAUAGAUUCUUUCUUUCUUUUUUCAGAAUAGAUUCUUUCUUUCUUUCUUUAUUUUGUUUCAGAAUAGAUUCUUUCUUUCUUUCUUUAUUUUGUUUCAGAAUAGAUUCUUUCUUUCUUUAUUUAUUUUGUUUCAGAAUAGCUUCUUUCUUUCUUUCUUUAUUUUGUUUCAGAAUAGCUUCUUUCUUUCUUUCUUUAUUUUGUUUCAGAAUAGAUUCUUUCUUUCUUUAUUUAUUUUGUUUCAGAAUAGAUUCUUUCUUUCUUUCUUUAUUUUGUUUCAGAAUAGAUUCUUUCUUUCUUUCUUUAUUUUGUUUCAGAAUAGAUUCUUUCUUUCUUUAUUUAUUUUGUUUCAGAAUAGAUUCUUUAUUUUUUUAUUUAUUUUGUUUCAGAAUAGAUUCUUUCUUUCUUUAUUUAUUUUGUUUCAGAAUCUUUCUUUAUUUAUUUUGUUUCAGAAUUUCUUUCUUUCUUUAUUUUAAGAAUAGCUUCUUCUUUCUUUCUUUAUUUUGUUUCAGAAUAGCUUCUUUCUUUCUUUCUUUAUUUUUUUCCAGAAUUUCUUUCUUUCUUUCUUUAUUUUGUUUCAGAAUUCUUUUUUCUUUUUUCUUUCUUUUGUUUCAGAAUAGCUUCUUUCUUUCUUUCUUUAUUUUCUUCUUUCUAUGUAUUUCAUUCUAUUUUUCUUUAUUUCUUUCUUUCUUUCUUUCUUUCUUAAUCUCUGCUUUGUCUCUGAAUAGCUUCUUUUUCAUUAUUCAUUCUUUUUUUCUUUCUUUCUUGCUUUUUUUCUCAAUACUACCUCCCUUCCUCCCUCCCUUCCUUCAUCUCUUCCUUUUUUACUUCCGUUAUAAUACGUUCUUAUUUUCUUUUGUUUUUGAAUCCCUGCUUUCUUUCUUUCUUUCUUUCUUUCUUUCUUUCUUAUUCACGUUUUUUUUUCCUUUCUUAACUCUCUUUAUUCAAUUGGUCUUCGUUGUUUAUGUAUAUCAAUCCGUGUCUAUCUAUCUAUCUAUCUAUCUAUCUAUCUAUCUAUCUAUCUAUCUAUCUAUCUAUCUCAGUAUAUUCACUAUCUAUCUAUCUAUCUAUCUAUCUAUCUAUCUAUCUAAAUCAGUUCAUAUCUAUAUUUCUAUCUAUCUAUCUAUCUCAGUAUAUUCAGUAUAUUAUCUAUUCUAUCUAUCUAUCUAUCUAUCUAUCUAUCUAUCUAUCUAUCUCAGUAUAUUCACUAUCUAUCUAUCUAUCUAUCUAUCUAUCUUUUCUUACUAA